AUUAGCGGUUUUGGUUUAGUUUAAUCAGGAAAAAUGAGUACAUCUUAUGGACAUCGUUUUGGGAAGCCCGAUAUUGAGCGGCUGGGGUUAUUUUCGGAAAUGGACUACAUGAAUGGCAAAGGAUAUAAACCACUUUAUGGAAAACCAAAUUACUUAAAGGGUACUAAUUUUGUAACUUCUGGUAGAAAGACAAAGAAUGGCACACAACAUGGCUAUUUUGAAGAUACUUUCAAUCGUUUGUAUACAGGAGAAGCUAUAGUUCGAAAGAAAAAAGUCUCUAAGGGAGAAUCACAAGAUCCUUUUAUAGUUAAUUCCGUGCCGAAAAAACAUAGCACGCCUGGUGACAACUACGGCACGUUUACAAAACAUACUCCAGCAUUUAGUCCCAAACGCCGUGUACGUAAAUACAAACGUGAACCUGCUAACUUUUUAUGGAGGUGUGGAAAAAUUGGCGGACCUGGCUAUGCAGACUCGGGAAUUGAUAAAUAUCCCACGCAUUUGCCUGAUCCUUACGGGCUUAAACUACGUUACAAGAGUUCUGGACGCAUGUUAAACGGACCCUUUCUUAAUCAUAUUUAUCCUCAGCCUUAUUUUGAUAAGAAAAGUCCGUUUGCAGAAGAUUCAGUACCAAAACAUGGGCUCUAUUUAGAUAGAGAAGAAGCUAAUCAAAACAAAAAAAAGAAUGAGACUAGCUGGAUACCGAAUGGACCAGCAAAAUCACAAGGUGGUAGUCAUGCUGGAUGUUUUGACAAAUAUCCAGAAUUCCAGCCGUGUAGGUAUGUAAACAUGGCAGAGGCAAAUAAACCCAGAGGAAGUGGAAAGUUGGGUACUACACCAUUCAUGCCUGUAUCACAAAUGCUCAAAACACUGUACACGAAUUCGGUUCUGAACCAGACGGUUGAUGUAUUUAUGAAUAGUGCCAACUGUGAGCAAUAUGUGCCCUGCUACAUUGAUCAUCUUCUGACCGAUAUGUACUCAUAAGAUCUACAAACAAUUUUGGUACUUUAUGUUUUAUUUUUAACUUCAUAACAUGAAUCGUAAGCUACAUUUAAAGGUAUGCUAAAUAAUAAAUUUAACAAUUGAAUAACUUCAAA